ACUAUGUAGAUGCUCCUUUUGCGCCCUUCGCAGUCUGCUUAAUGAAUUCGGAAUUUAAAAACUAUGAAUUUCUCGCACCAGAACCUUUUAAGUGUGCACUGGAAAUCAGAAUCUAUUAUAAUUUCUCUAGUUUUUUCCUUAAUUUUCCUGGUUGGCACCGUUGGAAACUGUUUGGUACUUGCCGUGCUUUUGCGCAAUGGACAGAUGAACACGAAGACGACCAACUUGUUCAUUUUAAAUCUAUGCAUCGCGGACCUCUGCUUCAUUGUAUUUUGUGUGCCUUUGCAAGCAACGAUCUACACUAUGGACGAAUGGGUUUUCGGUCCAUUUGUGUGCAAGGCGGUGCACUUCAUCAUAUAUCUCACCAUGUAUGCCAGCAUCUUCACACUGACCGCUGUGUCGCUGGACAGGUAUCUGGCCAUUCGCUACCCUCUGCGCUCACGGGAAAUGAGGACCCCUAAAAAUGCCCUCACGUCGAUUUGCCUGGUGUGGGGUUUGUCUCUGGUCUUCUCUGGACCAUAUCUGAGCUACUACCAGCAAAUGGACCUAGACGGCACUACAGUGUGUAUCCCGGCCUGGGACAUGCACCAUCGCCGGGCCAUGGAUGUGAGCACCUUCGUCUUCGGAUACUUGAUUCCUGUGCUGGUGCUCAGCCUGACCUACGCGCGCACCAUCCGAUACCUGUGGACGACGGUGGACCCCGUGGAGGACAUGUCGGCGUCCAAGCGAGCAAAACGCAAGGUGACCAAGAUGAUUAUCAUCGUGGCCGCGCUAUUCUGCCUAUGCUGGCUGCCGCACCACCUGGUCAUCCUCUGCAUGUGGUUCGGCCACUUCCCGCUGAACCACGUCACCUACGUGCUCCGUAUCCUCUCCCACCUGGUGGCAUACACCAACUCCUGUGUCAACCCCAUCGUGUACGCACUGGUCUCCAAACACUUCCGCAAAGGCUUUCAGAAGGUGUUCAGCUGUGCGCUCAGAAAAAGGGUCGUCAACAGGGUCAAUGUCGUGCAACAGGUUCACGCAGUUAGCUUGGCAGGCUCCAGUGAAACCUCCAAUCUCAGCGAGAAAGUCAUCAAAGAUAGGAGGCCAAACAAUCCACAAGCGAUAGUGACCAAGGGUUUCGUGACAUUUAAUGUAACUUAGCACUUUCAUGCAAAUGUGUUAAAAAGUGGUUGCAUAAAAUGAGCACAUUUGUAGUUAUUGUCGCUUGAUGAGUGCUCUGUGUUCUACAACAAAACGAUGUUUAGUGAUGGCUUCCAGUGGUCGCCUGCUUCUAGGCUGUGGAGCUUUGAGGUUUCAGUGAAGCUAGGUGAUUGUUGUUGAGGCACUACCAGAACGGCCACAGAGCUAGUCAUGGUUCUAUGUCAGUCAUGCGAACGGAUACAUCAUUUCUUCAAAAAUGUUUGGACGUUUUGGUCAUUCUUUCUGUAAUCAACUGGAUCAAAUCUGUGAAUGUUAAAAUCAUUGGAAUUCCAAUGCAAUGGAAUAUUCAUUGCAGUUGAGACAAGGCCUGCCACCUGCUUUGAUACAUUUUAUAGGCCUAUUACUUAUGUGUUUAACUCAUUGAAUGCCAAGCUGUUUUCGGGAGCUUUGUCCUAGA